GCAUGGUAUUUUUUAUCUUGUCCUGUUAUCGAUAAACAUAAACAGUUGGCACACUCGGGAAACAUCUCUUUCUCGACGGGCCACGUGGAUUUGGAGAGAUUAAUGUGCCGUAGUUGUUAGAGGAGGAGUUGGAUCUAGUUUUUGAGCAGCCUAGAGGGUUGUGCUUCGGUGCCACUUAUCAUUAGAUAUGGCCACCGUUACAGAGUACGCCGAAGCGUCAUCUUCAACUUAAUUUAGUGAUAUUUCACAGUAAUAUCGCAUUUCGGCCACUGUGGCAGACGGAAUGUAAUUUUUGGCAAGCUAAUGUGUGUUUUUACCUGUCUUUGGAGGCGUUUGUUACUGCGUGGCAGGCUGGCUGCCAGAGUCUCUUAACUGGCCGCUUGGUCCCGCAGCUUGUCGAUGCUGAAGAAAAUAGAACCAGUUGCCAACCAAGCGGUCGGCACUCAGCAUUUGCGUUGCGCGUCGUUGUACAUUUGCUGAGGAUUUACAUUUAAAGUUUCGUUUUCGGAGUGUUGACUUUUGCAGCCUCUUGGACUUUGGCUUUGAUUUGUUUAUACGUUAAUGGUAAAAUUGUUGGCCGUAGACUUGGGUGGCUAACAUCAACUAGCUAUAUAAGCCGAACUCGUGCGACGACAGCUGUCAUUGGAGAAAGGAAAGUGAUCCCCCCAAAUGCGUGAGGCAGUGAAGCGGUUUUCUGUUGGAUUUACAUCAGCUGCUUUUCCAUCAAAUGGGCAAAGUUGGGAAUAACAUUGCAACGUUGGAAUAUAAUGAUAUGCGUUAUGCAUUUUUGAGAAUUGUGGUGUUGCUUCAUUGGAGAAAGGCUAGCUAGCUCAAUUAGCUUGCUAGCUAGCUGGGUGAUAAAAGUGCGACGUUUCAUCCCCCAGUAUUUUGGACAUGAAGAGGAUAAUUCGCUAUUCAUAGGGUCGGAAGAAUGUCAUCAGAGGAUAAGACUGUGGAACCCUCUGACCAGGGACCCUCACCGCCCUCCAGCAGUGUAGGGGCCACAUCCACAGGAAGUCCUGCCCAUGCAGACAAACGACCACGUGGCAGGCCACGCAAAGAUGCUGCUGCCAUCCUACCCCAGGCGCCACCCUCAACUAUGUCAAAGAACAGGAAGAAGGGUCGCACCAGAGGAAGGGUUGUUUUGGAUGAGGAGGACAGCAUGGAUGGGACUGAGAUAACGGAGUCCAUAGGCCCUCAGGACACAGAAACGCCAAUCCAGCCAGUGGAAACUGUGGAAGUGGUGACUACUGAGGUGCCAGAGGAGGACAAGCCCUCUUCACCUCUGGCUCAGAGCCCUCCAGCUGAGAAUUCAGCAGGACCAUCUGUCCCAGCGAGUAGAGAAGUCAAAAGCAGCGAACGUCUCUGUGCCUUCUGUUACUGUGGUAGCCGUAGCCUGCUGGGUCAGGGGGAUCUGCUAUUAUUCAGCACCACGCCUCAGUUUGAAGCACUCUUCACCCGCAAGGAUGGAGGAGGCUCAACGAGUGAGAGUAGUGAUGGUGAUAAGACCACUCAGCCAAAAAUGGCCGGCGAGACCACCUCAGGACAGAGGAAAAAGGCAAAUGGGUCUGAAAACUGCGAGGAAGAACCAGACCCAGCCAGUCGAUUUUGGGAUGAGCUUUCUCAUGUUGGCCUUCCACACGAUCUCAAUGUCCAGUCUCUCUUUGAGUCAGGGCAAUGCUGGGCACAUCAGAGUUGUGCCUUGUGGUCCGAAGGUGUUUGUGAGGGCGAGGGACAAUCUCUGCUUAAUGUGGACAGAGCCAUUGACUCAGGGAGCACAAAGCACUGUGCAUACUGUAAGCGCCUUGGAGCAUCCAUUAAGUGCUGUGCUGAAGGAUGUGCUAAACUUUACCAUUACCCCUGUGCGGGGGCAGCUGGGACCUUUCAGGAUAUCAAGAGUCUCUCGCUCCUCUGCCCAGAACACACUGAUCUGGCCAUUCACAAAUUCGUAGAUGAUGUAAAUUGCGCGCUAUGUGAUAGCCCAGGGGACCUACUGGACCAGCUCUUCUGCACCAGUUGUGGUCAGCAUUACCAUGGGAUAUGCUUGGACAUGGCCGUGACCCCUCUGAGGAGGGCAGGUUGGCAGUGCCCUGAAUGCAAAAUCUGCCAGACAUGCAAGAACCCAGGGGAGGACACUAAAAUGCUGGUGUGUGACAUGUGUGACAAAGGCUACCAUACCUUUUGUCUGCAACCUGCUAUGGACUCUCUUCCCACCAAUGGAUGGAGAUGUAAGAACUGCAGAGUGUGCAUCCAAUGCGGAACACGAACCAGCAAGCAAUGGCACCACACCAGCCUGCUGUGUGAGAACUGCGUCCAAAACCAGGACCCUACUUUGUGCUGUCCUAUGUGUGCCUGUACCCUGGACCCUGAGCAUCACAAAGACUUGCUCUUCUGUCACAUUUGUAAACGAUGGCUACACCUGGAGUGCGAGCGUCAGAACUCAGGCCAAGCAGAAAUCCACCCCAGAGAGGAGUAUGUUUGUUCCAACUGCAGGUCUCCUGCUGCAGAGCAGCCAGAGGAUAUGGACACUGGCCCAGUGCUCAGCCCUCAGUCAGCCUCCAUGCACACAGACUCUGAGCCUGGCCUACAGCUGGCUAAAAAGCACACAGACCUAGAACCUGGCACUCAGCUGCCUCCUGAAAUGCACAAUGACCCCAAACCAGAAUUACUUGCUGUUCCAUUGCACUCAGAUCCAGAGCCUGUCCAGAGUACCGUCCAGGAGCAGAAGCUGGCCACGUCAGCCCAGAAGCCUGUAGUCUCAGCAGGAGCAGACGUUGAGAUGCAGGUUACCGAGCCUUCUGUCAACAAAACCCCAACAGAAUUCAAACCAGAAACAAAACCAGCAGCAAAAGCCCAGCAUACAUCUGCAGAGAGUCCUGUGUUUUCAGCGACUCCAAGCCAGGAGUCUGAGUCUUUUCCAGCCAAGCUCUCAAUGGAGUCACUACAGACACAGGAUACCACAUUACAAAUCAAACCAGCAAAGACAGAGGCCUGCCCUGAAGAGGGCACAGCCAACCCUAGCACAAAGGAUUUUAAGGCCAUCAUCACUACCACCAAAGAACCAAGUACUGCAUCAGUACCUUUCAUGGACCAACCAAUGGAGAUCUCACUACCCCAGCCUUUGAGUAUGGAUGUAGUCAGGGCUUCUUUCCUGGAAACUGCUCCAAAAGAACAUCUCAAGGAGAGGAGCGAGGGAAUUUUUCACAGGAACCUGGCAGACAUUGCUAAGCCCUCAGCCUCUAGUGCAUCAGAGGAGAUGUACACUACACCAGAGAGCAAGCCUAAUCUGUCACUUCCCAGCCUGUCCUCAGAGGAGAAACCGCUGAAGACAUCUGUAGAAAAGUUGGCUGAAAUGGUUUCCUCUCCUUCACACUCCUCGUCUAUGGGCCGAGGGAUAUCUAUCAGAGAACCACCCCAGACUCAGAUCCUACCUUCGACAGGUGACCACAGCAGUAUAAUACCUACCACCACACUUAUACCACUUACUCCUAAGAUUGGAAUGGGAAAGCCAGCAAUCACCAAGAGGAAGUUUUCACCUGGGAGACCACGAGUGAAGCAGGGUGCAUGGAGCCCCCAUAGCAGUGUGAGCUCCCCCUUGUCCUGGUCACCAGACCAGCCCGAGGGGUGGGACGUCCCAAAGACCAGGCAGUCCUCUGGCAGCCCCGGCUGGAGCAUCAGAGUGGGUCGAGGUUCAGGUUUCCCAGGGAGGAGGAGACCCAGAGGGGCUGGUCUGUCUGGUAGAACUGGACGUGGAAGGGCCAGAGGCAAGAAUGGAGCAAGUCCGAGCAUCAAUCCUGGGGUCACCACAAUAGAAACACCAUACCAAGUCAAGGAGGAGGAAGAGAAUGCCAUGCACAACACUGUGGUCAUAUUUUCCAGCAAUGACAGUUUCACGCUUAAACAGGACAUGUGUGUGGUGUGUGGGAGUUUUGGCCUUGGUGCAGAGGGCCGUCUUUUGGCCUGUGCUCAGUGUGGCCAGUGCUACCAUCCAUUCUGUGUUGGCAUAAAGAUCACUAAGGUGGUGCUGAGUAAAGGCUGGCGAUGCCUGGAGUGUACAGUGUGCGAGGCCUGCGGCCAGGCCACAGAUCCUGGUCGCUUGCUGCUGUGUGAUGACUGUGACAUCAGCUAUCACACCUACUGCCUGGACCCUCCACUGCAGAAUGUGCCCAAAGACAGCUGGAAGUGCAAAUGGUGUGUGUCCUGUACCCAGUGUGGUGCCACCACUCCCGGCCUAAGGUGUGAAUGGCAGAAUAAUUACACCCUGUGUGCCCCCUGCGCCAGCCUUGCAACAUGCCCAAUCUGCUUGGUGGACUACAGUGAAGGCACCACUAUUCUGCAGUGCCGGCAGUGUGACAGAUGGUUCCAUGCAUCUUGUCAGGGACUUCAUUCAGAAGAAGAUGUAGAAAAAGCUGCAGAGAGUAGUUUCGACUGCACAAUGUGCCGAGCUUUCAAGUCCACAAAAGUUGUGACCAAGGCCAGAGACUCCACUGACCCUGUGGUUAUGACGCAGAUUGUCACAAAGUCUAAAGAAAUGGAUCUGUCAAGGACUUACACCCAGGAUGGAGUUUGCUUGACAGAGUCCGGGCUUUGCCAGCUCCAGAGUUUGUCUGCUACAGCGUCACGGCGCAGGAAACCCAAACCCAAGCUGAAGCUGAAGAUCAUUAAUCAGAAUAGUGUGGCAGUGCUUCAGGCUCCUGUAGACCCCCUCUCAGAGCACUCUCGUGAUGAAGACAUGGAGGACAACAGAGAGGCGGAGCUCUUGGAUUGUGAGGCAAAGUCUGACUCGAGCCUGGAGCGAGAGCCAGCAGAAGACGACUCCAAAGGGGCGGACGGCGGCAAGAAGAGGAAGAGAAAACCGUACCGGCCGGGCAUUGGUGGCUUCAUGGUCCGCCAGAGGAACCGUCCCGGUCAAGGUCCAGGCAAAGCCAAACGAUCCCUCUGCCGAAAGAAUUCCUCUGGCUCUGUGUCAGAGAUUCCCACUGGAAAGGAUGAGGGGUGGACAGAGGCUCAGCCUGAUACCCCUGUGGAUGAGAUGCCCCCUGGACCAGAGGUUCCAGAAAAAAUAAAGAAGCGCUACCGAAAGAAGAAAACAAAACUGGAGGAAGCUUUUCCCACCUACUUGCAGGAGGCAUUCUUUGGAAAGGCCCUACUGGACAAAAGUAAGCAGAGCAGGCAGCAGGGGGCUGAAUCAGGCUUGCUAGAAGAAGGGCAAAGCCAAGUAGAGAGGAAGCACCCCACCGCCAGCUUCCUAGACCCUUCAUCAGACCCUCUGCUCAGUGCCUCCACAACGUCCCUUUCCACCAGACCAACAGCAGGACAGACGUCUGAGGAACCAUUAGUUGAUCUAUCUGAUGUUCUGAACACUGAUGCAGACAUCUUGGGAAUGCUCGGAAAGCCAAGCAGUGACUCUGGUCUUGAUUUUUGCCCCUUCCAGGUUGACAGCUCACCUCCUCCUUUUGCUGGUCUGGACAUUGGGCCCCUGACAGACAGUUCCCCAGUUGCACCCCAUUCUCAGACUGGCCGUAGGACUCCUCGAACCCUCCCAGAGGAACCCCUGGACGGCAUUCUUAGCCCAGAGCUUGACAAGAUGGUCACUGAUGAAUCAAUACUCAGCAAACUUUACAAAAUUCCAGAGCUGGAGGGCAAAGAUGUGGAGGAUCUCUUCACUGCAGUCCUUAGCCCCAGCACGAGCCAACCACCUCCACCACCACAGGUGCCUCACCCUCAGGGCCCAGGGCCCCUCCCUGCCACACCUGGCACUAGUAUGCCUCACCCCAAUGCAGGAAAUCACAUGUUUCCAAGAAUGCCAAUGAUCAAUGGUAUGAUGGGACCAAACCAACGCUUCCCUACAAAUCCAGGAGCAGGGCCUUGCAUCCCAGACAAUUUCCCUCCCCUUAACCGUAUGCCUUUCACUGACAAUCCAAGGGAUAGAAAAUUCAAUCAGAUGCCUAGAGAGGCAGUUGGUCCAUGGCCCUCCCCUGCCCAUGGCCCUGGCCCUACACCCCCUGGAUCUCUGCCUGAAGGGGAGACUGAAGCCAUGUCAAAUGCCCAAAGGAGUACACUUAAAUGGGAAAAGGAGGAGACUCUUGGAGAGCUAGCAACUGUAGCACCUGUCUUAUAUACCAAUGUCAAUUUCCCCAACCUCAAAGAAGAAUACCCAGACUGGUGUACAAGAGUUAAGCAAAUUGCAAAACUUUGGAGGAAAGCUAGUUCUCAAGACAGGGCCCCAUAUGUGCAAAAGGCAAGAGAUAACCGAGCAGCCCUGCGCAUCAACAAAGUCCAGAUGUCGAAUGAGACGGUGAAGAGGCACCAUCAUCAGCAACAGCCCCCUGAGGUGUUUGAUCCCAACAUACCACUAGACACAGAACUGCUGUUUAAAGACCCUUUGAAACCAAAAGAGUCAGAGCAUGAACAAGAGUGGAAGUUUAGACAGCAAAUGAGGCAGAAAAGCAAACAGCAAGCCAAAAUUGAAGCCACACAGAAACUGGAACAAGUUAAAAAUGAACAACUUCAGCAGCAGCAGCAACAACAACAACAGCAACAACAGGGCAACAGCCAGUCAGAGGGAGAUGGCAAUAACAGCGGUAACCAGAGCCCAGCCUCCCAGCCCAGCAAUGGCAGUAUGUCCCCCAUGCAACAACUCAACUCUAAAGAGGGUUUUGCAAAGCCUCAGCUACCAGGCACACCCACUUCAUGUCCUCCGGAGGAUGUCUUCUUACGACCUCCUCCUCCCCCUCCAUCUGGCCCUUCCUCUCAACCCCAGUCCCCUCAGGUAUUCUCACCUGGUUCCUCUGGAUCCAGACCCUCUUCUCCAUGGGACCCAUAUGCCAAGAUGGUUGGGACCCCAAGACCACCAGUUCACGGGCCAAAUACAUGUCGCAGAAUAGCUGUGGAAUCUGGUAAAUCCCCCACCUCCUUGAUGGAACAGCAGGACAGGGGAAGACCAUCUCCUGCUCAUGAAUCUUUUGGCUCACCAACAUCCACAAGCAGUGACCCUUAUGCCAAACCUCCGGACACCCCAAGGCCUACUGGAGAAAUAGACCCUUUCCUGAAGCCCAUUGGUCCCCCUAGAGCCAGUCAGGCUUCUCAAGGAAGGCCCCCAAUGGGUUCUCCAGGCAGAGACCCAUACUCAAGGCCCAUGAUAAGAAAUGAGGCCUAUCAGCGCAUGGCCCAGAACAGGAUGAUCUUGUCUGAUCCUUACUCAAGGCCUUUAUUAGCACCAAUUCCUGGAAGUAAUGAGUCUGGCUCAGUCCCUCUGUUCAAAACGCCAAUGCCCCCUCCUCAGACUCAGGACUCCUUCAGCCGACCAAGUCAACAUCCUACUGACAGGUUCUCCCAGAAUCACCAGAAUGACCCUUAUGCGCAGCCUCCACAUACCCCAAGACCAUCUGGGAAUGAUAACUUUACCAGUCCUCCUAGAAUGGGCCAGCAUCACCCUCAGGGGCACUCAUUUGCUCAACCCGGACCAAUGAAUCAAAUGUCUAGAAAUCCUUAUGCUCAUGCACCUUCCACCCCAAGGCCUGACCACUUCACAUAUGACCCCUUUGCACAACCCUCUCAGUCUCCAGGUAACCAGCGAUCAAUCAGUGAACCCAGUGCUCAGCCUCGGCCAUUUUUUGAGCCGUAUGCCCGAGCUCCUGGAACCCCACGGCCACAUGACAACUAUGGUCAGUCUUCAAACCCUAAUCCAGCCUCAGACCCUUACUCUCAGGCUCCUUCUACUCCCCGCCCCAGUGGCAUGAACCAGUUCUCUCAUCAGCCGCACCCCGGACAGAGGAUGUCACCCUCCCACUCAGUGGACCCAUAUGCUCAACCACCAGGUACCCCACGGCCCUCUGUGGGAGAGAGGUUUUCCAAGUCACCAGGUACCCAGAGGGUGCCAAUGGAACCAUUUACUAGUACACCUGGGACGUCAAGGCCAGGUAGUAGCGACAUAUUUUCCCAGCCUGGGGCAGCCAGAUCAAUGCUUAAUGACCCCUAUGCCCAGUCACCAGGGAACCCAAGGCCUCCUGAUGGGCUCAGCAGACAGGGGCCAAGACUGGGACCAAUGGGAAGCCAGGAUCCUUUCUCCCCACCUCAAGGCAGACUUCAAGAAAACUUCCCUCACCCAGGCUCACAAACACCAAAACACAUUAGUGUUUCAGAAGAUGGAUUUACUCAGUCACCCUCAAGAAGACCCAGUCAAACACCUGGCCAUGACCCAUUUGAACAAGGCCCCAUGACGCCUCGUCCACAGUCAACAGAGAAAGUGGAAAUGAAAGAUCCGUCAGGUGUGGUCAACAAUGGGGCUGUCCCUCAUGACCCUGGACAGCUUUCCAGCAAUCCACAAAUACCUGGUGCUGCCUCUGAGGCUCAGGGUGUUUCUCUUGCUGAGAGUGAGGAAAGACUCAGACAGCGACAACGAAUUAGAGAACUUAUCAUCAAACAGCAACAACAGAGAAGUGCUAUUCGUCAGGAGAGGGGCCCACAGGAGGCUGCUAGCAACAUCACUCCAGGAACACCGCGACCCUGGCCCCAAGAGGCACCUGGGCAACAGGGGGAAAUGUUCAACCGGCCUCCUCCACCUUAUCCAGGACCAGGACCCAUGAGAGGGCCAAUGAGGUUUCCUGGACCUUUUCCAGGUGAUCAGCGUGCCCCUUUCCCUAAUGAGGGACAAAUACCCCGGGGACCACAUCCUGGAGAUCCUAAUUUGAGACAUCAGGGACCAAGGUUUGCAUUUCCACCUGGGGUGCUAGGACCUCAUGGUCCCCAGGAGUUCUUUCCUCGGGGCCAACACCCAAUGCAGGAUGUCCCUCCUCAAAUAAGACGGUCCAUGUCUGCUGAAAUGGCAAAGGGUAUGGGAGGCAACUCCAUGGGGCUGCCCCAACAUUUCCCACCACGUGGUAUGCCAGUGCAACAGCACAACAUAAUGGGCCAGCCCUUCAUUGAGCUACGACACAGAGCAUCAGAGAACAGACCACGUAUGCCAUUUCCCCCUGGUGCCAUGCAAGGAAGCAACAUUGAUCCGAACUUGCAGGGUCACAGGCCACCAGGAUUUCCAGGAGGAUCUGAUUCCAGGUUCACUUUAAAUCAGGGGCUCAGGAUGGUAGACCCUAUGGCCAGCCAGACUGGCCAUGCACAGCUGUCUGCUAGCAUGGACAAUCUUCAUCAGCAAACCCAAAUGUCAGAAAACAACGAAGUCAAGCAGUCUCCUUUAAUGAGAUCCAUGAGCCAGCCUGCUUCAAGUAUGACCCAGAACAUGGCAGCAUCUGUGAUUCUGACUGCACCCCCUGCUGGGCAGACUGAGACAGUCUCAGUAGCCAGCAGUGAAGCUGUGGAGGAGAAGCUGGAUGCUGAAGAAUCAGCAGUCAAAGAUCUUGAGGAUGUGGAGGUGAAAGACUUGGUGGAUGCUGAUUUGGAAAACCUAAAUUUGGAUCCUGACGAUGGAAAAGACCUGGAUCUAGAAACAAAUGACCUACACCUUGAUGACUUUCUUACAUCUGGGAAAUUUGACAUCAUUGCUUAUACAGACCCUGACCUAGAUGACAUUAAGAAAGACAUGUUUAAUGAGGAACUAGAUCUCAGUGAUCCUAUAGAUGAUCAUGCUGACACUGCAGACAUUAACAAAAAUCCAUCAAGUUCAGCAUCUGUACCAGCAAAAUCAGAGGCCUCAGGUGAGCAGUCUUCAGCUGAGGUCAAGCUGGAAGCCCCUGUGAGCCAGCACUCUACUUCUUUGGCACCUGGGCGGGAAAUUAAAACAGAGGUCAAGGACUGUCAGAAACCCCCUGAAGUUGUAGACCAGCAAGCUGCUGGAAACACCUUAACCCCAAACCCGCAGGGAGUGCUCCCUGACUCCACCCCAGUCUUGUCUAGUUUACUCAUUAAGCAGCAGCCUGAAGAGCAGUCAUUAAAUCCAAUAGUUGAAUCUGUCAAUCAAGGAGGUAACCUCAUGCCCCAGCAGAACCAAGUCACUGACACACAACAUACCUCUGGACUUACAAUAACUCAAGCAAUAUCCGACGCCACCACUGCUGGAGAAGCUUCUAUGACUGGCUUUGGCACAGACCACCAGGUGGAGCUAGCCUCUGGAGUGGACCCAAGCAAUUUGAGCCAGGCCCAACAAGCAGCUUUGAACCAGGCAAUGGGUCAGCACAGCCAGCAACGUCCUCUUCUACUAGAGGAGCAGCCACUCCUAUUGCAGGACCUCCUAGACCAGGAGAGGCAGGAGCAACAGCAGCAGAGGCAGAUGCAAGCCAUGAUAAGACAGCGGUCCAGCGAAUCCUUCUUCCCCAAUAUUGAUUUUGAUGCCAUCACUGACCCCAUCAUGAAAGCAAAAAUGGUUGCCCUGAAAGGUAUCAACAAAGUCAUGGUUCAGAACAACAUGGGAAUGGCCCCAAUGGUCAUGAACAGAUUUCCUUCUGGCCCUGUACCAUCUUGCCCUGAAAGCACACCACUUCCUCCACAAGUUGUUGGACAGGAUGGCAAAUUGACACAAGUAGCAAGACCAAAUCCCCCUAACUUUGGACCUGGAUUUGUCAACAAUGCUCAGAGGGCUCAGUACGAGGAAUGGCUCCAGGAGACUCAGCAACUACUUCAAAUGCAGCAAAAGUUUCUGGAAGAGAAGAUUGGUGCUCACAGGAAGUCUAAGAAAGCCUUGUCUGCCAAACAGAGAACAGCUAAGAAGGCAGGGAGAGAGUUCCCCGAGGAGGAUGCUGAGCAGCUCAAACAUGUCACAGAGCAGCAGGGUGUAGUGCAGAAACAACUGGAGCAGAUUCGCAAGCAGCAGAAAGAGCAUGCAGAACUUAUAGAGGAGUACAGAGUGAAACAGCAACAAAACAAUAUGACCCCUAUAAUGCCUGGGAUGCACCCAAUGUCAGCCCCUGCUGGCAUGGCGCCCAGUGGACCACCAAUGGUCCAACCUCCUAUGAACCCCAUGAUGCAGAUGCCACGUCAUCCAGGCCAACCAAAUGCACAUUCGUGCAUGCCCAACCCACAGUCUGGCUGGCAUUCCAGUGCUCCCAUGCCUAUGAGUGGACCGGGAAUGCCUCCUAUAAUGCCCCCCCAGGUACCUGUAGGAAAUCCAGGCCAACCUCAUCAGAUGCCAUUGGGUAACAUACCGCAACACUCACAAAUUGUGGAUCCACAGGCAACACCAGUUCCACCAGGUGGACUAAAACCCAUGCAAGCUGGUGGUGUGAAAUUUGAUGACAACAACCCAUUCAGUGAAGGCUUCCAGGAGCGGGAAAGGAGGGAGAGGCUUCGGGAGCAGCAGGAGAGACAGCGGGUGCAGCUAAUGCAGGAAGUUGAGCGACAGAGAGCCCUGAAACAUCGAAUGGAAAUGGAGCAGCAAGGGAUGAUGGGGCCAGAUGGGAACAUGGCUCCACUCGCUCAGAUGCCAUUUUUUACCGCAGAGCUUCCACAGGACUUCAUGCAACCUCAGAGGCCUCCUGUGCAGCAACAGCAACAACUUGGACCAAUGUUCCCACAGCAACAAGGCAUGCAACCUGGUAUGGGCUCGCCACCUGGGACAUUCAUGCAAGGAGAAAGGAGGGCUAUGAUGGGCAAUGGAAUGAUGUCCCGUGAUGUGGGGCCUGGUUUUGGGCCUGAUAAUCUUGCUCUGCAAGCACCUAACUUUCCUCAGGGUCAGUCCAGACCCCGUCAUUUCAGUGGACCAGGAAUGAUGCUUCAGAUGCCAGGUGAGGGUCCACCAUUCGGAGGCGACUCAGCAACACCUCUACCAUCUAACUUUCCGGGCUCAGGCCAGUCUUUAAUCCAACUUUACUCUAACAUCAUUCCAGACGAGAAAGGGAAAAAGAAGAGGAACCGCAAAAAGAAGAAAGAUGAUGAUGCAGACUCAGUCAAGACACCUUCAACUCCACACUCAGACCUUACAGCCCCGCUUACACCUUGUGUAUCAGACACCUCCUCAACUCCAACCAGAAACACCCAUCUCUUUGGAGAUCAGGACUUGUCAAGAUCCCCUUUGCUAGGAUCUUCCACCCCCAGUCACUCAGAGCUGGAGCGGCAGCUUUCUGCAGGUCAGUCUGGACAACCUGGUCUCUCAUCAGACACUACAAGAACCCAAGCUCAGGAACACGAUGGGAUCCUUAACAACAUAAAGCUGGAGCAAACUGAUGUCAGUGAGUGUCAUGGCCCACGAGAAGGGCACAUAGGCUCAGAAAUGAGCUCUGUAAAGGAAGAGGGCAGUAAAGGAAGUGUGUCUCCCUUCACUGCGGGCCAAAGUCCAAACAAAGGGGAGGCUGGCAAUGAGCUACUGAAACACCUUCUGAAGACCAAGAGUACACCUCCACCAGGAUUGUCUCAACAGAGGUCAGAGGAGGGCCUGCGCUCAGAAGAGGAGGAUCCAGCAGACUGCAAAUCCCUGCUGAGGCAAAGCUCCAUGGACAGCAAUGGGGCAUACUCAGAUGGCACCCCAGAUUUCCCGGGACCUCUGCUCCCUGAACAGGAGAAGAAGAAAGGCAGGAAUAAGAGGGCAACAAAAGGAGGUGACAAACCUGCCUCUCGCUACAAGAAGAGGAAGAAGGAAGGGGACGAGAGGCAACUGAUGCACUCUGGCCCUGACAGUGUAAUGACCCAAAUAAAACAGCAGCUCUCCCUGCUGCCCCUCAUGGAGCCAUUGAUUGGGGUUAACUUCGCCCAUUUCGCUCCCUAUGGCAGUGGCCAGCUCAAUGGUGAGAACCUCCUGUCUGGUACAUUUGGCAGCGCCUCACUCGAUGGAGUCUCUGACUAUUAUUCCCAACUGGCCUACAAGCAGAAUAACCUGAGCAAUCCACCAACACCACCUGCAUCUCUUCCUCCUACCCCACCACCUGUUAACCGACAGAAAAUGAUCAAUGGAUUUGCCACGACAGAAGAGCUGGCCAGCAAAGCUGCCGCUAUGGUGUCUAAAGGCUUGGUCCCAAAGCCGCUACACGUUCCAUUUAGGACUGAGGAAGAUCUACUAGCCCGGGCCAUCGCACAGGGACCCAAAACUGUAGAUGUUCCAGCCUCCCUCCCUACCCCUCCUCACAACAACCAGGAGGAGCUCAGCAAUAGGGGACAGGAGCCUUGCAAGGACAGGGACACACCUGACAGUUUUGUUCCAUCUUCAUCUCCUGAGAGCGUGGUUGGCAUGGAGAUCAGUCGUUACCCAGACUUGUCUCUGGUGAAGGAAGAGCCACUGUCCCCCUGUUUGUCUCCUGUCCUCCCCAUGCUUCCUGCCCCUGAUGGGAAAGGGUCAGAAAUCAAACUGCAGGAUAUCAAAACAGAGCCUUCUGCGAUGAUGUUCGGCUCUCCCUUUGGCCCCAUGUCCAUUGAUUCCAAACAAGGGCUGGUGUCUGUAGCUAUCACACUGAGACCAGCUGCAGCAGAGAACAUCACAGGUGUAGUGGCAGCCAUUUCAGACCUACUGUGUGUGAAGAUCCCCAGUAGCUAUGAGGUCAGCAGCACCCCUGACAGGGGGCCCUUAUCUGUACUCAGUGGUCAGAGGAUGGGUCCCCAUGGCAUGGAGUCUCGGCCUGCCAUGCUCUUCCACGGACAGGGAGACAAUGGAGGUCUUCAUGGACGGCCAGGGCAGAUAAGACCCAGUGGAGUACAGGCAAUGAUGCAACAGCAGCAGGCACAUAAUUUCCGUUUCCAUCCUAACAGCCCAGGUGCAGCCCUAGCUCGAGGACCCGACAACAAGACCCCUGCCAGCCCUGGAUGUAAACCUCAGUGGUGCUGCCACUGUAAGGUGGUGGUUCUUGGUAAUGGAGUGCAGAAAUCUAUCAAAGAUCUCCCUACCCACAUGAAGGGAUCUGACAGCCGUUUGAAAUCUGAAGAACACCUGGUCUUCUGCAGCCACAGCUGUUUUCUUCUCUACUGCUCCUCAUCACCCCUGCAGUCCAGAUCAACCACAGAAACUAAGGACUCUGUGUCCCUUCUCCCUGCCUCCGAGCAAACAGAGAGUCUUUCUAAAACCCUGCACCAGUACAGUAACAACAUGUCGUCACUGGAUGUUCAUUGCCUGGCCCAGCUUCAGCCCAAGCAGUCUCCCCCCUCUACUCCUCCUAUCCCCUUCCCCACAGCAGGCGAGACAUCCAAGACAGAGAUCAAAUCUGAUGCCAUCAAAGUGACAGUGAAACUGAAGGCCCGGCCAAGGUCCCAUGAUGGCUGGCACCAGGGAAAGAGACAGAAGGGACUCCGCUGGAGGAAGUGGACUGUCCAGGUGGUGGUUCCAAGAGGGAAUUCCCAACUCCCAGAUGAGGAUAAGAUUGAUGAGCUCCUGAACAAACUCGGGGCCUCUCUGCGCCCUCCUGCUUCUCUCCGAGACCAGAGGCGGUGCUGUUUCUGCCACCAGUUUGGAGAUGGGCUCACUGACGGCCCAGCUAGGCUUCUUAAUCUGGAUCUCGAUGUAUGGGUUCAUCUGAACUGUGCCCUGUGGUCCACUGAGGUGUAUGAAACACAGGCUGGCGCCCUCAUCAACGUGGAACUCGCACUGCGACGUGGCCAAACGGUUCGCUGCGCCUACUGCCAGCAAACAGGAGCCACCAGUGGCUGCCACCGCCUACGCUGUACUAAUGUCUACCAUUUCACUUGUGCGCUGCAAGCUCAGUGCACCUUCUUCAAGGACAAGACCAUGCUUUGUCAUGCCCACAGGCCCCGGGGAACAGCUGGACAAGCGCUGGAGCAUGAGCUGCGUAGCUUUGCUGUCUUCCGUCGUGUCUACGUCCAAAGAGACGAAGUGCGUCAGAUUGCCACUGCUGUGCGGCAGCCCGAGUUAGGCUAUACAUUUAGAGUAGGCAGCCUGGUGUCCCAUGCAAUGGGCCAGCUCACCCCUGUACAAAUGUCAACCUUCCAUUCCUCAACAGCCAUCUUUCCAGUUGGCUAUGAGGCUUGCCGCAUUUACUGGAGCAUGCGUCAUGGCAACCGCCGUUGCCGCUAUGUGUGUUCUGUUGAGGACCGGGAGGGACUGCCAGAGUUUGCCAUCAGAGUCAUCGAACAGGGCUAUGAAGACCUUGUCCUGACUGGCACCUCUGCUAAAGGAGUGUGGGAUAAGGUUCUGGGUCCUGUUGCUGAGAAGAGAGCUGAAUCAGGCACUCUAAAGCUCUUCCCAAUUUACCUGAAAGGAGAGGACUUGUUUGGGCUGACGGUCCCUGCUGUCGUCAAGAUCACUGAAUCGCUGCCAGGAGUGGAGGCUUGUGACAGGUACUCAUUCCGUUAUGGACGCAACCCUCUUGUGGAGUUGCCACUCAUGUUCAAUCCAGCUGGCAGUGCCCGUGCACAGCCAAGAACCAGCUCUCCCUACACGUCAGUGGUGAUAAGGCCUCAACCACAGGCUGUAUCCAGCAGCAGCGCCAGGUCAAACCAGAAUGUAGCCCAAGGAGAAGGUGGUGCUCCCCAUAACAAGCCACCAGUAGUGCACCCCAGGUCUUCUCAGUACCGGUGGAUGAAGAGUGAGUGGAGAGCCAAUGUCUACCUGGCCCGUUCCCGCAUCCAGGGCCUGGGCUUGUUUGCUGCUAGAGACAUUGAAAAACAAACAAUGGUGAUUGAGUACAAUGGAACAAUCCUCCGAAAUGAGGUUGCCAUCAGGAAGGAGAAGACUUACAGGUCUCAGAACCGAGCAGUGUUCAUGUUCCGCAUCGACAGUGAACAUGUUGUUGAUGCCUCUCAGACUGGAGGGCUGGCAAGAUAUAUCAACCACUCUUGUGCCCCUAACUGUGUUGCUGAGGUGGUCACAUUUGAAAGGGGCUACAAAAUCAUCAUCAGCUGCAUUCGCAGAAUCGAAAAAGGAGAGGAGCUGUGUUUCGACUACCAGUUUGACACCGUGGAGGGUCAGCACAAAAUUGCUUGCCAUUGUGGAGCUCCCGAAUGCAGGAAGUGGAUUAACUGAGGAAAACAAGAAAAUGACAAAUCUAAACGCAUUCCUUGCUAUAAUGUGUGGAUGCUGUGAUCUCUGCACAGAGGAAAAAGGCUUCAUAUUAAGGUCAUUUUGUCAGUGAGCAGAAGACCUGAACCCUUGGAGAGAUGAAUUAAUUUACAUGUUGUUUCAUCAAGGUGGAGGAAGGGAACACAGUAGCAGGAUGUGAUUUGUGCCAUAUGUUGGAGGCUCUGUGGUAUGAGAUGCCUCUGUCUGUAUGUAUCUGUGUGUUUGGUGCACAUGGUGCGGAUUCCACCAGCAAAUGAGAAAGCACUGUGCAGGGUGCGGCCUUAUUGCUUACCAAGGGCAGGCCCUUUUUGUUUCAUACUGUUAAUGUAUACCGUAUGACUAAAUGUAGACAUCACUGAAUGAGGAAUGUACAGCAACGAAUACUGCGAAGGGAAUAUCAACUUGCACUAAAAAAUAGAAAAUACACAAAAAAAACGUACACACCCACACACAUACACACACACAUACACGAAAACUUUUAAAAUACUUGAUUCCAUGAGUCAGUUUUAUCAUAGGUCUCCGUCAUGUGAUUUGUGUGGAAUUCGAGAGGUUUUUGUAUUUAUUACUGAGUGAGUGAAUUUUAUUCUCAAAAUGAUGAGAUUGAGUUUAAGAAGGCUAGAUUGCUAUUGUUUUUGAAGAUUGAGGAAGACAUGCUGUUACUUUUGUAUAAAUGUACAUAAAGAAAACUAUAGGAAUAACCGACCAAAUACUACCUUAACCUUCUUGAUGUUUGGGUGUUUUUAAAUUGUUUUUGUUCUGUUUGUUGUUGAAAUUUAUUUAAGAUGGACGUUAUUUCAGUUUUGAGAGUAUAUAUUAUGAUUAUGCUGUACAGAAUUUGUAAAAUAACCACAAUAAUUCACAAAGUAUUUUUGUUGUAUUAAAAGUAAGGUAUUGUAGCGUAGUGUUUUGUGACUUACACAUACUUUGACCACUCAAAAAAAGAAAUAUUUUUGUUGACUAACGUAACGAGUUAUCAGUUACAGAAUUUAAAAAAAGACUCUUCAAAUAGUAAGAGAUCAGUGUGAUCUGUUUGCUGUUAAUCAGGUUUUAUUUUAAAGAACUGUGAAUUAGAUUUUGAAACCCAAAAAAAAACUUUUUAACUUUUUAACACAAAUAGGAACACCGACAUGUAUUUGCCUGUUUUUUUUUUUGUUUGUUUGUUUGUUUGUUUUUACAUUGCUUUUAAAAUAAGGUGCAAAUAUCUAAUGAUAUUGUGAGUUAGAUGCACCAGUGUGUGACAGAAAGAAUCGUAUGGAGAACUCUUAUUUGGAACCGUAGGUUGUUCUACCUUUUUGGACAGAGAUGGCAUUCUCCUUAAUCAGAAAUAUUUCUUAUACUGACACUUCACAAGUCACAUGCUUAGAAAACGUAAGAGUUUUUGCGUGCACAAUUUCAAGUUGACUGUAAAAUUUUGGAGACAGUCUUAGAACUUGUAAUGUAUAUGGCAUGUAUUUUUUUAACUUUCCGAAGACUCAAUUGUAUAUAUUUUCUCAAUGAAUGGUUGUAACAAAAUUGUUUCUUGGAUAUUUUUCUUCUCUUGUAUAUUACAUCAUCCUGCCAGUGUGUUUGUGCUACAUUUUCUUGGUCGUGUAGUCAGGUUUUUUUUUCUUUUUUUCUUUUCCUUUCUUACUUUCUUUUUUUUGGAAAAUGCCUUUUGAAGUGUACAGAGUAUGAGGUUUGUGGAAUUGAAUUUAGAAACAUUUACAAAAAUAAACUAUUUUACAUGUUAGCCAGUUGUGAAUUUUGAAUCAGUCAUUACACAUCCAUAAAUAUGAAGAAAUGAAGCCACAAUAAAUAUUUAAUUUCCUUGGCAUUGGUGGUAAAAUAAACUUGUAUAAUCCACAGAUCUUUGAAAAUGGCAAUCAAAGCUCAAGGUGACUAGAAGAGUAUAACUAUUAUUUG